AUGCCUUACACCGGCCAGUGCAAUUGCGAGAGUAUUCGCAUUACCCUGCCAGAGAAGCCUGCUAAUUGCAUGCUAUGUCACUGCACCAACUGUAAAAGAGCCGGUGGUGGCCCUUGUUCGCUCAAUUACGUCGUGGACCUUGAUGAUAUGUCAGUCGAAGAUCCAACAGGGGCUCUGAAAAUCUUCAACGACACCAAGUCUCUCAGUGGAAACGUCGCGCAACGACACUUCUGUUCCAACUGUGGAAGCCCAGUUGUCACCAAGACCCCUGGCGUUCCUGGAAAGGGUUUCUUGAAGGCUGCUUUGUUUGACAGCAUUUCCCCUCCAGGCGGCCAUUUCUUCGAGCAAAGCAAACUGGAGUGGUUCAACGCACAUUUGUGA